AUAAGGCGGGUGGUGAUAGUUGGGCAGAGAGGCACAUGGAGCGAGCCGAGCCGGGGGUGACAAAAGCACAGCUUCCGUGUUGAUUGCGCGUAGGUUGUCGGGGUCGUUGCCGUUUGCCGUUUGCCGUUGCCGCUGAUGAUCUCCAAAUAAUACCUGCCUUUUCUAGCCCAUUCUAAUCCGCCCCACGCCUCCCUCACUUCCUCCCUCUCUACAUUUCAGCUUUCUCUCGCGGCUCUCCGGAUUCCACAUCGAGCCCAUCACUGUUUGAUAGCUUCGCCACCUUGAUUUUUGCUUCCUAAGGUAAGUUUCACCUUUUUCUCCUCUCGCCACAUAAAAAGCUUCCUGGUUUAUGCCAGAAAUUGCGCGGCCAGCUUUCCAUUUCAUCCGUCUGUCCAUCAUGACGCACUGGGGUCCGUUUGUUUCUUCUUUUGACUCAUAAAACAAAGGUCUCUCUUGGAAGAGGCGUGUAUAUACAUGAAGCUUUGAGGAAAAGAUUUCACUGCACCUAUAACUCUGGCCGACAAUCUAGAGACAUAUUCGCCGGCCGGUGGUGCAGGCGUUCGUCCUUCGUUUGCCGAUUUUCAAUUUUUCUCGCUCUGGGUUCUAUAUCUUGUGCUGCGCCUUCCCACUGAUUAUGGCUAACUCCUAAUUUGGGUCCAAUGUGAGGUCAUAACUCUCCGCCAGCCCCUGUUAUAGCUGAAUUAUGAAUUGAAUAAGCAGAGAUGUGAGCGGCAAUAUAGGUUAAACUGAGAAGAUUUUGUGAUAAUUUUAACCUCUGCGAUGGCCAUGUGUAAAUGUUUCUCUGUCUUCAUGGGGAGGAAGAAUGCCAACAAGUUGGAAGAACAAGCUUCGAAAGGGGGACUUGAAACUCUUCAUGUCAAAAUGGAGCUGCCAGGAACAUCAUCGGAGACUGAUGAGUUGAAGGCGUCAACCUUCGAUGUUACAGCGCCCCGUGGGAGCCAGAAAAAUUCACGGUGCAAUGUGAGGGUUAUGAAUCUUGAAAGUCCUGUGAAGGAUGAAGCAGAGGAAGCUUAUGAAGGGGAAGAUGAGCAUGAAGAUUCAACCUCAAUCAAGAGGGAACUCUCUGACAUGGACCUACAAAGCCACGCAAAUGAAGUUGACGCCAGCAAAGGAGGAUUUGACCCAAGAGAUAAUGAGAUAAGUUUUCCCAUAUUAUAUGAAACUGAAGCUAACAAUCAAUUCGAAGAUAAGACUGAUAAAGAGAGUCAUAAGAAUAUUGAUAUGAUCCAAAGCGGACAUGUCAGUGAUCCUGGGGUUGGCAAGACUGUCUUCUGGGCUUCUCCAAAGCUCCAGCGGUCCUGCUCCGACCUGGAAAGAAGGGAUGUUUUUAGGAACAUGACUCGUCAAUUGCCUUAUUCUACCUCGCAGUCCUACGAGGAUUUGCAGGGAUUAUCAGAAAACCAGAUGGGCUAUCUUGAAAGCCCCAAGUCAGUGGUGACUCAUUGUAGUGCCGAUAAAGUAAUGUUGAAAAAACAUUCAUCAAGUCAGGUUCUCCCUUCCAGAAGUAGAAAACUGUGGUGGAAAUUGUUCUUGUGGAGCCACAGGAACAUACACAGACCGUGGUUUAGCAAAUCAACGCAAUUACUUCCUGCUAAUGCUGCCGCUGCUGCUUCGAAUAGGCAAUGUGGCUAUUCUUCAGACAUCCUCGAACCAAAACAAGGUAAGGCAGUGGAAAAUGUGGAGUCGCCUGGAUCAUAUACCGGUGAAUCUUUUGGCAAACUCUCCAUCGAAGAACAUACUGAUAACCAAAGGUGGGGGAGAUUUCACAUUGGAGAAUCUAGCAUGUGGCCUCAAAACCAGUGGGUUGCUUUCUCAACAGAAUCAUCGCCCUUCACAAGAGUGGACGAGUGGGUGAAAGAUCUAGAAACCCUGGAACCACUUCCAGUGGAUGGCGAUGAUAACAAUGAGAGAAGCAUCGUGUACCCAACAUCUCCUGACACUGGUAGAUCAAUGGCCAGAAGCACAGCUCGACAUCCAGGUGCCAAUCUUCCAAAAGAGAUUUUGUAUGCUAAUAGCAUCGUCCAAUCUCUGAAUCCAGCCUCGUCUGCGGCUCACAUUAUGAGUAUGGGUUUGAAUGCCAUUCCUGCUAUUUCACACUUCUCCAGUCUCCGCUCUGUCAAUUUGUCCAACAAUUUCAUAGUCCAUAUCACGCCAGGAUUGCUCCCAAAGGGUCUUCACACUCUUAAUUUGUCAAGAAACAAGAUCAACACCAUUGAGGGACUCAGAGAAUUAACACGUUUGCGGGUCCUUGACCUCAGUUAUAAUCGCAUCUCAAGAAUUGGACAAGGGUUAUCGAAUUGUACACUCAUCAAAGAGCUAUACCUAGCGGGGAACAAGAUAAGCGACUUUGAGGGUCUCCACAGGCUACUGAAGUUAACUGUUCUGGAUAUGAGCUUCAACAAGAUCACAACAACAAAAUCGUUAGGCCAGCUUGUGGCCAACUUUAACUCACUGCAGGCUCUGAAUCUUUUGGGAAAUCCAAUUCAGAGCAAUAUCAGCGAGGAGCAGCUGAGGAAAGCGGUGUGUGGUCUUCUCCCAAAGCUAGUGUACCUGAACAAGCAAUCCAUCAAACCUCAGAGGGCACGAGAAAUACUGACAGACAGUGUGGCCAAAGCUGCACUUGGGAACAGCAGUAGAAGCUCCCAUAGAAGAGCACUGAAGAGAGGUGGGCAAGGAGGAUCGCUUUCCUCCUCCAGAAGCAGUGCGAGUGUUGUUCAGAGGAGUAGGAACAGGUCAAGGAGCCGAACAAGUAAUCAGGUGCCCUCAAGAGGAACAACUCGUUAGGGUUAAAAAUUCUCUUAGCUUGGUUGUUUAUUACGUUUCCAGGACUUGACCAUAAAGUGGAGCUGCAGCAAUCUUCGACGUUAAAUUUGACGUUUUGGGAUUGGGUUUGUUUCAGUUUUUUUUUUUUCCAAGUCAAAUACUUGAGCUCAAAGUGGGCGUUGAAAGUCUCCUUGUUUGUUAACAAUUGAUGCCUUGUGGCCUUUGAAGUCUACAACUUUCACUGGUGGAAGUUUUUUUUUUUGAUAUCAUCCGGCUUUUUCUCAAA